UUUUAUUUUGGUAGGCAGAAUCCGGAAGUUGCGUCAUGCUUGGUCGCGGCACGCCUGAGAGCAACUAUAUAAGAGUUCUUCGUGUUGCAGCUGACUCAGUUAUUCUGUAAACAGUUGUAGCGGUACCUGACAGAGACGCUUAGAGACAGGCAGCGGGACACCAUGACGAUAAACACACUACCCAACGGGACCACUGUGACAGAACUGGGUCAGUUUCUGAAAAACCCACCGGAGGGUUUCACCGUGAAGGCCGUGGGCUCGGCUUACCAGGUCCAGUGUGGAGAAGAGAACCUGGUUUUCAUCGAUAAGUUUCACUUCGGGGAUUUUGAUUUAGUUUUCCAGAACUCACUAGGAAGGAAGCUUAAAAUGCAUAAUCUGUGGGAGUAUACCAGCAUGAGGAAAAGUCUGCUGUCCAAGAGGAUCUAUGUGUUGGUUUCUCUCUGCGAUCAAAACAUGAUAGAAACCAGCAAGAAGAGGUCCAUAAAGCCCAGAGUUCUGCAGGAGUACGUGUUGUCUGUCAAUGGUGGGAAUCCGAUGAUGAAGUGGCAGAUGGAGAAAGGCCUGGACUGGACCAUCUCCUCUGUGGCGGGAGAGAGCUACAGGGUGGAGAUUGACUUGAGUGAAAUCUUACAGAGUUUGGCUGCUGAAGGCCUCAUUGCUGAGAACCUAAUGAAAUAUAAUCCAACAUGGAAGGAUGCCUCCUUCACCCUUAAGUAUUACUCUGAUGCCCUAUUUGACUUCCCUCACUGGUUGGGACACAGCAAAAGAUCAUUUCAGCUGAGACUGAUAAGAAACACACGAGGGAGACCAUAAGGAUUGUAUCUGCUAAGUUUUCCAGAAAACUGAAGAGGAGUGUUCUCAUCAGUGAACGAGAAGCCGAUCAGUUGAACUCUGCUGCUUUGUCAGGAGUUUGAUAUUUGAACUACUGGCUUGGGAUUCAUCUGCUGUUCAGUGGGUGGAAAAGCACCAGGAAAGAAAAUGCGGGAUGCCUUUGAGCAUAUAGUCAUAUUAUAUAUGUAAAUAAUAACAAAAAAAAACAUAUAUUUAUAUAUAUCUUAUUUCAUUCUCCAAGUGGGUUCUGCAGUUGUAUGUGCUGUACAGUGAUUGAACAUGUUUGUAAUAUUUUUGUUUCACUUGGGUUUAUUUUUCUUAAAUUUGUAGAAUAUUUUUAUAAACAUUUUACAUGUGAUUAAAGACUUUAAAUUCUG